AGUGCAACGUGGGAAUCCCCAUCAUUCAUUCCGCACGUAAAAGCAAGGCGCAAUCUCCACAAUCAAAGAACAACCAACAUCAACAAAACCAAACACCUCGUUCCCCAAUUCAGCAAUAGCUCCCACAAAGGCCGAGAAGAAGCCUCACUGAUUAAUCGAAUCGUCGUAUAUAAGCUCGAAGGUUGUGACAUUUUUUUAGGUCAAGAACUAGAAGAGCGAGGCAAGUCUUAUUUAGGGGUUUAAGAAUCGUAUUGGGAGUGCAACGAGGGUUUAACGGAUCUCCAUAACCUCUGAACUUCGAGGUCUGCUGUAUUUCAUCCGAUGGCUUUUCUGUCUGGAGUUCAGCGUCUGCUUCGGCACUCACCUCUUCUUCAUUCCCACUAUGCUUCCUUUCGUCUCAGCUCAACUCUCACUUCCCCUAAACUUUUCGUCAGCGGUCUUUCUAGAUUGACAACAGAUGAAAAACUUAAGGAAGCGUUUUCUUCUUUUGGUCAGCUGGUUGAAGCUAAGGUGAUAACUGAUAGAGCCUCUGGAAGAUCAAAGGGAUUUGCUUUUGUAACUUACACAACCGUAGAAGAAGCUGAAAAGGCAAGAGAAGGAAUGAAUGCUAAAUUUUUGGAUGGGUGGGUUAUAUUUGUUGAUCCUGCCAAACCAAGAGAACCCAGACCUCCUUCGCAAUCACAGUCUCAACCCUCUGAAACAGGUCUCACUGUUAACAAAACAGUUGGGUGGUGUGGUUAAUUAUAAAGUAACUUCGAUUAUGCUCACAAUGUUUGAAUGAUUUUUUAAAGACUAUAUAAUUCAAUUCAAUCAACUAUACUGCAAUUUGUUGAGAAAUAUUUGGAUCAGUAAGUCGUAAUUGAUGAUUGAACUUUGGCCAUAAGGCAUUACUAUUAA